AUGGCUAAGACAGAACAAAACAUGAGUGGCAAAUCUAGAUGGAGUCUUGGAGGCAUGACAGCUCUUGUCACUGGUGGCUCUAAAGGCAUUGGGGAAGCUGUGGUGGAGGAACUGUCUAUGAUGGGAGCAAGAGUCCACACAUGUGCCAGAGACGAAACUCAGUUACAAGAACGCUUACGUGAGUGGCAAGCAAAAGGGUUUCAGGUCACCACUUCUGUCUGCAACGUUUCUUUACGUGAUCAACGAGAGAAACUCAUGGAGACCGUUUCCACUCUCUUCCAAGGAAAACUCAAUAUCAUUGUCAACAACGCUGGUACGUUCAUAGUCAAGCCGACCACAGAGUAUACAGCAGAAGAAUAUUCGUUUAUAAUGGCCACAAAUCUCGAGUCAGCUUUCCAUCUCUCGCAGCUCGCGCACCCUUUGUUGAAAGCAUCUGGUUCAGGGAGCAUCGUGCUCAUGUCGUCCACUGCUGGAGUUGUACAUAUCAAUAAUGUUGGAUCCAUUUAUGGAGCAACCAAAGGAGCCAUGAAUCAACUAGCUAGAAACUUAGCUUGCGAAUGGGCGAGCGACAACAUAAGGACUAACGCUGUUUGCCCAUGGUUCAUCACAACUCCUUUAACUUAUGAUUGUCUCAAUGACGAAGAGUUUAAAAAAGAAGCCGCGAAGAGGACAGCGAUAGGACGUAUUGGAGAGGCAAAUGAAGUCUCACCGCUUGUGGCGUUUCUUUGUCUUCCUGCAUCUUCUUACAUUACAGGCCAAUCCAUCUGCGUUGAUGGAGGUGUCACUAUCAAUGGUUUCUCCUUCAAGCCUGUGCCUUAA